CCGGGGGAGGGAGGGGGUGUCCGGCCAGCCCACACGGCCUCGCCCCUAAGCAGCCCAGGGUCCCCCGCUCCAGGCCGGGCCCGCUCCCCGGAUCCCCUCACACCCACCCGGUACCUACCUGCUCUGCCCGCAGCCGCAAUCGUCAACAAUAACCCCUGAACCAGACUCUGCCCUCUGACGAGCGGCAAGCCCCGCCUCACCAUGCCGAUUGGGCGAAAAGACACGCCAAUCGGCAAACGCUUCGUUUUAACUGGCCGGCAUCCACGCCCAUCAAAGGUCAAGGCGUGGCCGGGCGUUCACCCGCUCAUUCUGAUUGGCGGGACGCGGCCGUUCUCGGUGCAGAGAAAUCAUUGCCUUGUAUUGCAGGGGCGUGACGUCACGAAAAUGGACUCUGAUUGGCCACUAACGGUACCGCCCCUUGAAAUAGCGGUUUGUUAUUGGACGGAAGGACAUGCUACGUAACUGUUAUGACUGUCGGUGAUUGGUCAACUCUGCUGUCAGGGAUUAUAUACGGAAGUGAAUGUUCCAGCAUGGAGUCCACACAGGGUGAGAGUGGGAUCCUGUCAGUGUGCACUCAGGGGGGAGAGAUCGCGCUCACUGCGCCUAUUUACUAAGCUGGACACAGGAGUGCGAUAACAUGUAGGCCGGGCUUCCCAAACUCCGGCCCCCCAGGUGUUGCUGAACUACAACUCCCAUGAUUCUAUGAAUUAAAUAGCUAGGCUGAGAAUCAUGGGAGUUGUAGUUCAGCAACAUCUGGAGUUUGGGGAAGCCUGGUUUAGGGGAAUUCCCAAUAUUCUAAUUUUUCCUUUUUUUUUAGAAUUUUUAAAUUUUGUCAUUUGGAUUUCACUUCGCAGCAAUUCGGAGUUUAGUGAAUAGCUCGGCCACAAUGCGAGUUAUUGAGGGAAUCUCAGCGAGGUUCACAUUGUCCGCUAACAUAAUACCCGAACUGCAAUCAUGGCUGGCAUGGGGAAUGUUUGCGGCCUGCCACUUUCAGCCUGGAAUUUGGAAUUCACUUUGAAUUCCCAUAUUCGUAAAUAGCCCGUAUCGGCAAAUCGCCCAUGUUAGUAAAUAGUCCGUAUCGGCAAAUCGCCCAUGUUAGUAAAUAGCCCGUAUCGGCAAAUCGCCCAUGUUAGUAAAUAGUCCGUAUCGGCAAAUAGCCCAUGUUAGUAAAUAGUCCGUAUCGGCAAAUCGCCCAUGUUAGUAAAUAGUCCGUAUCGGCAAAUAGCCCAUGUUAGUAAAUAGUCCGUAUCGGCAAAUAGCCCAUGUUAGUAAAUAGUCCGUAUCGGCAAAUAGCCCAUGUUAGUAAAUAGUCCGUAUCGGCAAAUAGCCCAUGUUAGUAAAUAGCCGUAUCGGCAAAUAGCCCAUGUUAGUAAAUAGUCCGUAUCGGCAAAUAGCCCAUGUUAGUAAAUAGUCUGUAUCGGCAAAUAGCCCAUGUUAGUAAAUAGCCGUAUCGGCAAAUAGCCCAUGUUAGUAAAUAGUCCGUAUCGGCAAAUAGCCCAUGUUAGUAAAUAGCCGUAUCGGCAAAUAGCCCAUGUUAGUAAAUAGUCUGUAUCGGCAAAAAUGUCAGUGCCACAAACCGUUAUCCUCAGUGUAUAGGAGGAGAAAUAAAAACACAAUAUACCGGAGGAUACCAGUUUGUGGCACUGACACCAGAACACUCUGACCCCCAAAGAAGCCUCUGAGAGUACACCAGUACAUCAUCAUAUCCUUAAAAGGGGAUUCUACCAUCCAGGUGCAUAUAUCUGGAGCUGAAUAUAAGCUCCAGAAAACUGUACGUGCAAUAUUUUUAUUUAUUUAUCACUAUCAAGCAAUUCAACAUACUAUAGCCCAUGUUAGUGAAUAGUGCGUAUCGGCAAAUAGCCCAUGUUAGUAAAUAGUCCGUAUUGGCAAAUAGCCCAUGUUAGUAAAUAGCCGUAUCUGCAAAUAGCCCAUGUUAGUAAAUAGUCCGUAUUGGCAAAUAGCCCAUGUUUUAAAUAGCCCAUAUCUGCAAAUAGCCCAUGUUAGUGAAUAGUCCGUAUCGGCAAAUAGCCCAUGUUAGUGAAUAGUCCGUAUCGGCAAAUCGCACAUGUUAGUAAAUAGCCGUAUCUGCAAAUAGCCCAUGUUAGUGAAUAGUAUGUAUCGGCAAAUAGCCCAUGUUAGUGAAUAGUAAUGUAUCGGCAAAUAGCCCAUGUUAGUAAAUAGUACGUAUCGGUAAAUAGCCCAUGUCAGUAAAUAGUCCGUAUCAGCAAAUAGCCCAUGUUAGUAAAUAGCCCGUAUCGGCAAAUAGCCCAUGUUAGUAUUAAAUUUUAUAAGGCUACUUAAACUUAAAAUUACCUAUCCCAGCAAACAAAUAUGGGGAUUCAGUUCACCAUAUGGCAAUGUUAUGUAUAAGCCAACCACUACUUCACAGUAUCCCAAUAUCGAUGGGUCCUUCACUAAUUUCAACGUGGGAGACAAAUUAAAUAGUGCUAAAUAAGCUUACGUGUAUUUUAAUCUGUUGCAUGAGCAUUUUGAAUAUGUAGAAUGCAAAAUGAUUGUGAUAGUAAAACACAUGAAAAAUGCAGUGUCAAAACUAAACAAUUCCAAAGCUUUCUAGGAUAAUUGAUACAGUAUCCCUGUAUCUGUAGCUCUGCAUUACUGAGAGAUUCCUUGGCUGUAUCAUUUUCUUAGUGGUCAAUCUUUAGUGCACCACAAUUACACUUCUAUAGCUUCAGUCUUACUACAUUUCUAUUAUUUUUCUUUUUUUUCUUUCUCACAAUUUGUGUCGUUAUUUACUCCUUCACGUUUUUUUUUUCAUUUUCCCUAAGAGGAUGUGACAAUCAAGGUUUAUCAAUAUGUUUUUGGUUUUUCCGUAAGCAGCCAUCCCACUUCUGAGGCUCUCCGUAUCUUGGGAUAUAUUUUGAAUUUAAAUAGAAUUUAUAUUUUGAGUCUUACAUUUUUAUGAGUCCGGUAUUGACUGAUGGCCAUUUGAGAGUUUCCCAUUUUUGAGAUCAUGUAUCAUUGCAUUGUUUAGUAUGUUGGUUUGAAGUUGUCACUGUAACUUAUUGCAUUGUUGAUAUCUUGUUUCAGACAAUGGAAAUCUUGCAAAUGUCCGCCACAUUAUUCUGGUGAUGUCGGGGAAAGGAGGUGUUGGAAAGAGCACAUUAUCUACUCAGAUUGCUCUGGCUCUGCGUCAUGCAGGGAAAAGGGUGAGUGGAAAUGCAAGUUGUAGCUAAAUGUUGACACAGAUUGGAAGAAAGUUGGUGAAUAGAAGAGAGGUUUGCCAAGGCGAUGUAAGGAAACUGUAUAAGAAAUCUGAUUACAAUGCAAUAUAUAAUACAAGGGAAGAAAUGUUUCUUAAAGUGGUCAUGGUACGUGGAGCCUGUAUGUGCAGGUGUAACUCCACCUCUGGUAGCGUCAUUAACCAGGCUUGCUAAUAUUAAGUUCUACCAUACAUUUCCCAAAAGGCGAACAAUCUGCUGGUGCUUGAGUACUGUCUCACUGUGUCCAUUUUUGCAGGUUGGAAUUCUUGAUGUGGACCUGUGUGGACCUAGCAUUCCACGCAUGCUUAAUGCUGUGGGUAAAGAGGUCCAUCAGUGUGACAGUGGCUGGGUACCUGUGUAUGUAGAUCAAGAAAAGACCAUUUCUCUGAUGUCCAUUGGCUUCUUGUUAGAUGGUCAAGAUGAUGCAGUUGUAUGGAGGGGCCCCAAAAAGAACGGUAUGUAAAGGAGACAGUAAGGUUAGUGUGUUGAUUAAUAGUCUGUGUGCAUUUUUACAUACAUUUAGGUUCUGGGUGACCUGAACUAUAUGACCAUCCAACAGAGGGUAAUAUUUUGUAGACUCUAAAAGCAAAUUUAUGACGCAAUCAUUUUUGUAUUCAUGUAGCAAUUCUGGGAGGCAUAGAAUCAUAGAUCCUUUUAUAAAAUUAUCAAAACCACAAAGUUCCAGCAGGACUAAUUUAAGAGACUUGGCUCAGAAGACCAAUCUAAGAACACGUAAUUAUUGCUGUAAUUAUUGCUGCACAGAGCAGAAUUAGCCACUUGCAUUUUUUUCCAGCAGUGACUCUUAAAAUUUGGAGAAUUUUGUAGCAAUUUUCUUCCGUUUCACUCAAGGGAAUAGAUUGUGAAAGUAGAUGGGAGAGAGAACAAACAUGAGUAAAGUCAGUUUGUAUUUUGAACAGGAAUAACAAAGGAUAUCUUUUUUGUCUUUUCACACAAAAUGAGUAAUAUCUGUGUUCUCUUUGUUGGUAUCACAGUUACAGUAUAAGAAACCUAUUUUCUCCUUCCUAACAGCAAUGAUAAAUCAGUUUAUCAACGAUGUGGCAUGGGGUGAGCUAGAUUUUCUCAUUGUCGACACACCUCCAGGAACAUCAGAUGAACACAUUUCCACCGUACAAGCCCUACGCCCCUUCAAACCCAUGGGUGCCGUUAUGGUCACCACACCACAGGUGCUGUCUUGUCUGUAAAUGUUUCAAAUGAUACACUUUGUAAUUUCACUGUAUGAUCAGAGGUUUGUUCAGUAAACUGAAUUGCAAACUUUCAAACUCUUAACUUGUUCAUCUUCUUACAGAGCUUAAAAACAUACUGCCUCCUUUAAACCACUUAAUCUUCAAAUCUAGUAAAGAAAUAAUUCCAAUGGAAACUAUUUUUUUUUUUACCAAGAUAUAUAUUUAGUAGAUAUACCUAAAUGAAAAAAUGCUUGCAUUUUUUCAUUUGAGUAUAUCUAAAAACAGCUUGCAAAAGCUGCAGCUCUCUUCUCCGCUGCCUUUGAAAGCCCUCUCCUCCUUCCCCACACAUACAUUCCAUGUUUUCAGGCAUUGCCACAAUUAUUCAGGAAGGACCUUAUACCCCUUGUCCCCUCCUCCCCAGUCUAGAUUAGCAAAAAUAUUCCUAGGCAUUUAGACUUUAAAAUCUGGGCAUUGUUCUCGAAAGGUACCAAUGCCUGCAUUUUGCAACACAGCCUCCAAGUUACAGAGAUCAGAUUUCAGCGUGUCUGUAUACAGCCGGGUGAAACACGCAACCUAAUGCUCAUAUAGUUAUAAUUAGACAGAGCUUGCCGUGGACUACCUGCACAUUGAGAAGUCGCGGGGCAAUAAUAUUUUUUGCACCAUAUUUUUACAUUCAUAUUAUUUAUUAUACUUUUGCCUACUGCCUGCAGAAAUACAGAUUUCCAAAGAUUCACCUGCAAAAAGCAGAUGAACAUUUGCAAAUUAGCUUUUUAUUGAAAUACAUUUUUUAAGUGUUCUUGCAUAGCAAGACCACUUAUUGUUAUCUCACAUAUAUAUUAUUAUUCUUAUUAUUAUUAUUAUUAAGUGUUCUUGCAUAGCAAGACCACUUAAUGUUAUCUCACAUAUAUAUUAUUAAGUGUUCUUGCAUAGCAAGACCACUUAAUGUUAUCUCACAUAUAUAUUAUUAUUAUUAAGUGUUCUUGCAUAGCAAGACCACUUAAUGUUAUCUCACAUAUAUAUUAUUAUAUUAUUAUAGCAAAAUUUGCCACCCUAACUCCUCCCACAGUUUUUACACUACAUAGACAAAAAUUUACCAAAACGUGCAGAUUGUUCCCGAUCGGAUUGCUAUUACUUUGUGGAACGUUUCGCCGAAUGGUUCACGGAAUAUCGUCGUUCUUGUGGCGAAAUUUGUCCCAUAGGAAUGAAUGGCAAAGCUAGAGUGGGAGCUGGCAAAAGCUGAAAAAUCAGGACAUGAUUUCUAAACUGCCACCACUCCCUUAUUUUCGGGCCCACCUACACAAAUCUUAUAUCAAAACGUUCAGCUAUCCCUGCUGCCACUAGACAUGUCAACGGCUAAGCCAUAGUCCUGAUAGUUUUCACAAUAUAAUCAUUUGUUUGCAACUAACGCCGUCCAUUGACAUUCAUUGAAACUUCACUCUACAAAGCUCAAAUGUGAAGUGCAAUUUCUAAACUGCGACUGUGCCUUCAAUUUUAAUACUUCAGAGACAUACUAUGCAUCAAAAUGUAGGUCUGGGUCUUGUGAUUCUCACAAUAUAAAGCUCUUCGCUGUAGGAGUUAUAGUUUUUAAGAUACGACCGUUUGAAGAUGGCAACCACCAAAAUACUCUGACCUGUGUCAAGCUGCAGCAGCAAGUGAUGUCAUAGACAGGGCCUUUUGAACACCUGCUAAUGUUUUUAUAAAUGUAUGGUUUAAUGUAACUGUGCAACAACGUUGCAAUUAAAUGUGCUAUGUAAAUGAUAACAGUUACUCCGCCCACUCCAGUUGUAGACUACUGGUGGAGGCAAGAACACUUCACACAAUUUCCCCAGAAAUUGUAGCUUUUCUAGUUAUUAUUAUUAUUAUUAUAGCAAAAUUUGCCACCCUAACUCCUCCCACAGUUUUUACACUACAUAGACAAAAAUUUACCAAAACGUGCAGAUUGUUCCCGAUCGGAUUGCUAUUACUUUGUGGAACGUUUCGCCGAAUGGUUCACGGAAUAUCGUCGUUCUUGUGGCGCAAUUUGUCCCAUAGGAAUGAAUGGCAAAGCUAGAGUGGGAGCUGGCAAAAGCUGAAAAAUCAGGACAUGAUUUCUAAACUGCCACCACUCCCUUAUUUUCAGGCCCACCUACACAAAUCUUAUAUCAAAACGUUCAGCUAUCCCUGCUGCCACUAAACAUGUCAACGGCUAAGCCAUAGUCCUGAUAGUUUUCACAAUAUAAUCAUUUGUUUGCAACAAGCCGUCCAUUGACUUUCAUUGAAACUUCACUCUGCAAAGCUCAAAUUUGAAGUGCAAUUUCUAAACUGCGACUGUGCCUUCAAUUUUAAUACUUCAGAGACAUACUAUGCAUCAAAACGUAGGUCUGGGUCUUGUGAUUCUCACAAUAUAAAGCUCUUCACUGUAGGAGUUAUAGUUUUUAAAUACGGCCGUUUGAAGAUGGCAACCACCAAAAUAUUCUGACCUGUGUCAAGCUGCAGCAGCAAGUGAUGUCAUAGACAGGGCCUUUUGAACACCUGCUAAUGUUUUUAUAAAUAUAUGGUUUAAUGUAACUGUGCAACAACGUUGCAAUUGAAUGUGCUAGACUACUGGUGGAGGCAAGAACACUUCACACAAUUUCCCCAGAAAUUGUAGCUUUUCUAGUUAUUAUUAUUAUUAUUAUAGCCAACUUUGCCACCCUAACUCCUCCCACAGUUUUUACACUACAUAGACAAAAAUUUACCAAAACGUGCAGAUUGUUCCCGAUCGGAUUGCUAUUACUUUGUGGAACGUUUCGCCGAAUGGUUCAUGGAAUAUCGUCGUUCUUGUGGCGAAAUUUGUCCCAUAGGAAUGAAUGGCAAAGCUAGAGUGGGAGCUGGCAAAAGCUGAAAAAUCAGGACAUGAUUUCUAAACUGCCACCACUCCCUUAUUUUCAGGCCCACCUACACAAAUCUUAUAUCAAAACGUUCAGCUAUCCCUGCUGCCACUAAACAUGUCAACGGCUAAGCCAUAGUCCUGAUAGUUUUCACAAUAUAAUCAUUUGUUUGCAACUAACGCCAUCCAUUGACAUUCAUUGAAACUUCACUCUACAAAGCUCAAAUUUGAAGUGCAAUUUCUAAACUGCGACUGUGCCUUCAUUUUUAAUACUUCAGAGACAUACUAUGCAUCAAAAUGUAGGUCUGGGUCUUGUGAUUCUCACAAUAUAAAGCUCUUUGCUGUAGGAUUUAUAGUUUUUAAAAUACGACCGUUUGAAGAUGGCAACCGCCAAAAUACUCUGACCUGUGCCAGGCUGCAGCAGCAAGUGAUGUCAUAGACAGGGCCUUUUGAACACCUGCUAAUGUUUUUAUAAAUGUAUGGUUUAAUGUAACUGUGCAACAACGUUGCAAUUAAAUGUGCUAUAUAAAUGAUAACAGUUACUCCGCCCACUCCAGUUGUAGACUACAGGUGGAGGCAAGAACACUUCACACAAUUUCCCCAGAAAUUGUAGCUUUUCUAGUUUAUAGAUGUUCUGGUUGAAAAUCGGUGUUUGAUAAAUAUCCAAAUCCCAUAUAUUUUUUUUUUUAUAGUAUUUGUAUGUAUGGAUCACUGAUUUUAAAGCUGACACUGUUUGGUCCCAAGUGAGAUGUGCUCAUUAACUUAAAAUAAACAAACAACCAAACUGAUCUUUAGUAAGUAUGACCAUUACAAAUUCAAACCUGUAUUCCUAGCAUCAUCGAGUUCUACUCACUACUUAGGGUCAGGGCUCCCUAAAUGGAAAUAAGAAAAAGGGAUUUACUCCCCCUGUUUCCAGUAUCUUACAUUUUCUAUAAUAGCCGAUGUGAUAUUGUGAAGGCAUUGCUGAUCAGAUGAAAUGUUUCAUUUUACAGGCUGUGGCUGUUGGAGAUGUUAGACGGGAGCUGACAUUUUGCAAGAAGACCGGCUUGGCAGUGAUUGGCAUAGUGGAAAACAUGAGUGGAUUUGUUUGUCCAUACUGCUCGGUAAGCUAUCUUCCUAUUUAAUCUUGCUACAGUUUCUAGGUAGGAGUGAGAAGCUUUCUUCCUAAUCAGUCUUCCAAUUACCUUUAAAGGAACAUGUUUACCAUUAUUUAUUAUAAAAAUUAAGAUAACUUGUAUUGUAGCCUUUAUGUGUUAUAUAUAUUAACCCUGCCCAUCUAAGCAUUAUAAAUUAAUAUUCAUAAAGGCUAUUUCUUAAUUUCAAUAAUACAAUAUCAGUUUUUCUUGAGUUUGCUAUUUGUAUCCUUCUUUAAGGGAUCUCUCGAAUAUCAAUCAUACAGGCUUUAGAAUCUUUGCACAAACACCUGUUUGUCAACAGUCUGGAACAUAAUUAGGCAAUAUGAUGGUUAUUUAUUUUUAAAUCAAAUUCUUAAUGUGUUCACAUCAGUAAAGUGUUAGAUGAGGAUAAUCUGCCACAUCGGCACAAAUUGCAGAAUUCACCCCGUCGUGUUUCACAGUAAUAGUGAGAAUUGUCUGUGUAUCAUUCUAGGAAUGCAGUAACAUCUUUUCCAAGGGUGGCGGUGAGGAAUUGGCGAAGUACGCUGGAGUGCCCUUUCUAGGUAAUUGAAACUGAAAUAAGGAAUAAAGAGAAAAAACUUGCCAAUGUUGAUCUAUCAGAUACAUAGUCUGACCUCUUGGCUUCCCCAUGAUAAGAGAAAUCCUCCCAGUCUGUAGCGAGGUAUAACACUGGGUAACACUCCACCUAAACUACAACCAUGCGUCUGAUAGCACAAUGGUUCACAGCCUUGUUUGGACCAAGGCGGACAUUAAUGAAAGAAAAUGUCAAUGGUAGAUUACUGUUUUCGUUUAACCUUCACCAUCAGUGUAGAAAUAUUACAUUUACUUAAAGCCUUACUAGAGCAGUAUGCAUGCUCCUAGGCAAAUUGAUAAGAACACAUUUUAAGGACUGCAUUUAACCUAUUGCUGCCCUCAAGUCAGUGUAUUCGUGGCACUGAGCUAUACAAGUGUGCCACGACACACCGAUUGAAACACACUGUGAUAAAGCCUCAGUCACUUCAUCACUCGGAUUUAUUUUUUUAUUAUUUUUAUUUUACAUGUUGCAUGAUUGUUUCUUACAAAAACAAAUCAUACACCAUAGUUCCUCUUACUUCUGUCACAUAGUUGCCUGCAUAUGUGUGUUUUGUGGUUAUUUUUGUUCAUUUAGAUUUUUUUUUUUUUUUAAUUCUGAAAUUGCUAGUGUUUUAUUCCCUGGAGUGAUUGAGACAUAUGUACUUAUGUUCCACGGUUAAUGAGACAAUAGAUUCAGUUCUCUGGUGAUAACUGACAGAGGGGCACACUAAGCAUCAACACAACUUUAGCUUAAUGCAAUAGUUUGGGUUUAUAAAUCAUCGCCCUGCAAUGUCAAUGCCCAAUUCUCUGCCAUGUCGGAGUUAAAUCACUUUGUUUUUGCAUUGCCUGUCAUACGUUCCCUGGCUGUUGGUCACACAACUGAUCUUACAGCACUGUGUGUUUACUUCUUAUCUCCUGCUCUGUUAAUAGAUCUUUAAUCAUGGCAGGCUGCUGCAGUGUCCAUCAAGCAAUUAACAGACCAGCAGAUAACAUCUAAAUUCAAUACACUAUACAGUAAGUAGUUUAAAAAAAAUAGACUCUUUUUAGGAACAUGUAGAGUGGCUGUGUCUCGCCAAGGGAAGUAAAGGUAAAGUUAGUGUGAGGUACUUAUGUUACCAUUAUGCUAAAAAAAAUUUGUGCUUAGACUGUCACUUUGAUUUCUACAUAGCAGAGAAUUGAGCAGUGAGACUGCAGGUUUGUUUCAUCUCUCAUCCUAAUGCACAAUAAACAAUGUAGAACCUCUCUUUACAUAUUUAAGGAGAAGAAAUCCGUUGCCUCUUCUGUAUGUACUUCUAAUGCAAGAAGACAGAACUGAAUUUAUUUUCCUGAUAGUAGAUGCUUAAAUGACACAUGAAGAGUUCAUGUACUGUAUAGUUAUUUUCUCCGGGGAAGCUUCUUUCUAAUUAAACAUCACGUUUCUGUUUUACAGGAUGUGUCCCAAUUGAUCCACUUCUGAGCAAAAGCGCGGAGGAGGGUAAAGACUUUAUCCAGGAGUUUCCCAAUAGUGCAGCCUACCCAGCCCUUACCAGCAUUGCCAAGUUAAUCCUAGAGAAGGCAGCACUGACCAUCUGACCAAAUCAUCUAGCCAAGCCUCACCAUAAAAGAGGGACGUUGCUGAAUAUUUUACAUCCAAAAAGGUCCCUUUUAUCAGCGUGGAAACAUCUGGAUGUACAUUUGAUAUUUCCAUUUAAAGCAUUUCUGUGCUGUGAGCAGAAGAGGUUACGUCCUAGGAGAAAUCAUAGCUAAUCCACUCAAAUUGUGUUUUUUGAUAAUUUCAUGGUGCACACAGACAUUAAAGCCCUUGUGCAGAACUACUAUGGUUUACAUUCUUCUAAAGUAAAUGGAUCUUCCUAUACGGACGUGUAUAUAUUUUUCAAUUAAGCAGAGCAAAACUAAUUUUUAUUUUUACUGACGUGCUUAAUUUUUUGCUUGCUUGUUGUAUAAUAUUAGAGCUCUAUUCAGAUUUGUAUCUUAAUAGUUUUUAUUCUUGACUUCUAACCCGGAGUCCUUCGGGUUCCAAUUCCUACCUUCACUACAAAUGCUGGUGAGUCAGACGUUCCUAAGAUUACCAGGUCUUAGCUCUAUAGCUUAAAAGAAGAAUAGUCAUUGAAAUAGUCUGGGUGCAGUGACCCUGUUUCCUUAACCCUGCAACCUAAAACAUUGCAGUUUAAAAAAAACUAAACUAGGCUAAAGACCGUCUAUAGUGGCUGUGUACCAGACAGGCACUAGAGUUCCUUCUUACAGUUUCACUGAGAUUGACUUCGCAAAACGAUACUGGACGUCCUCACGUUUUGCAUGAGGAUGUCCAUAGUCUUGAAAAAUCCCAUAGGAAAGCAUUGAAUAAACAAAUUCUUUCUUAUGGGCAUUAGUCUCCCCCCAUCUGCAGACAUCAGUGUAGGGGGAGCCUGACCCAGUGCCGAGAAACAUCAGCAAUGGAAUCAAG